CAUCUGGAGAGGGCCAAACGUGAACUGCGUGGACAGCACUGGAUACACCCCGCUGCACCACGCCGCGCUCAACGGCCACAGGGACGUUGUGGAAGUUCUGCUGAGGAACGACGCGCUCACCAACGUGGCAGACUGUAAGGGCUGCUACCCCCUGCACCUGGCGGCCUGGAAGGGAGACGCCGACAUAGUCAAGCUCCUCAUCCACCAGGGCCCUUCGCACACCAAAGUGAACGAGCAGAAUGCUCUUGAGAUCAAAGAACUCAAAAAGUACGGCCCCUUUGACCCAUAUAUCAAUGCCAAGGCGCUGCACUGCGCGGCUCAGCACGGCCACACCGAGGUGGUGAAGGUGCUGCUGGAGGAGCUCACCGACCCCACCAUGCGCAACAACAAGUUCGAGACGCCGCUGGACCUGGCCGCGCUCUACGGGAGGCUGGAAGUCGUCAAGAUGCUCCUGAACGCCCACCCCAAUCUUCUGAGCUGCAACACUAAGAAACACACUCCCCUGCACCUGGCGGCCAGGAACGGCCACAAGGCCGUGGUGCACGUCCUCCUGGAUGCUGGCAUGGACAGCAACUACCAGACUGAGAAAGGCAGUGCUUUGCACGAAGCUGCUUUGUUUGGCAAGACAGAUGUGGUACAAAUAUUGCUGGCUGCAGGUAUCGAUGUGAACAUAAAGGAUAACAGAGGUCUGACCGCCCUGGAUAUCGUGAGGGAGCUUCCUUCUCAGAAAAGCCAGCACAUAGCAGCUCUGAUCGAAG